ACGCGCACACGCACACGCGUCACUUCACGUCGUUUCACUGUUUAACAAGUAACUUCUCAGUUCAGUGUCGUGCGCAGGCGCAGUGUGAGCGAGGUGCUGCUAUGCGACAUGUGUAUUAUCACGUGUUACCGGAAGUUUAAAACACUGCUGCGUCCGCAGUGAGCUCUGUUAGCAUGCUAAGCUAACUCUCCAUUGGAAACCAAAGGAGUUCUCUGUUAGCUAGCGGCUAACCGGCGACACGGCGGCGGCGGCGGCGGCACCGACCGACCGACCAGGAUGAACUUCCCUCCCACCAAGCGCCCGCGAGGCCUGGACCACGACGUGGUGAUGGCGACGUCGGCGUUCGACGACCCGUUCGGAGACGAUGAGGACUUCACCCAGGACGACCUGGAUGAGAUCGACAUCAUCGCCUCGCAGGCCGUCACCUCGGCCGCCGCAGGACCGGGCAUCGGGUCGGGUCGGCCGUCGUCUCUGAGCAGAGCCACGACGAAGCCGAGCAGACAGAACACGUCUGGGUUCAGCAGCAGCAGCAGCAGCAGAGGGCAUUCUGGGACCGCGGGCAGAGAGCCCGUCGGUGACAGAGAAGAGUCGUACAGUCUGCUGGAGGCUCAGCAGGCCGAGCUGAAGAAGACGCUGAAGGAGCUGGAGGAGCAGAUCGUGUUGAAGAGCGGGGAGAUCCGUGUCCUCAGAGACUCACUGAGAGCAGCUCAGCUGGAGAAAGAGGCUCAGAGACAGAAACAGAUUCUGUUGGAGACUCAGAGGCAGAAGGAGACAAGCGACCGGGAGAAGGAGCUCAACAGGAAGGUUCAGUCUCUUCAGUCUGAGCUGCAGUUUAAAGAAGCGGAGAUCAACGGGAUGAAGAACAAGCUGCUCAGCUCGUCGUCUCCGCUGAACAGAAACAGUCCCAAGGUGCUGAGCUCUCUUGUCCAGGUGCAUCAUGGGAGCGUCAGCAGCUCCUCCUCUCCGGCAGGAAACGGUUUCAUCACCAAGGAGACGUUCGGAGCGCAGGUCCCGACCAGAACGACGCCGGUGAAGACGCCGAUGAAGACGCGGAGAGACGCAGACAGAGGCGGGUCCAACAGCAGACAGGAAGUGACUCGUCCAGACCCCUUUUCGUCUGUCAGACCUGCUCACCUGCAGCACCGAGGUGGCAUCCUGUUGGGGUUGUUACUGCAGCAGCCUCUGUCUCCCAGCAGCCUCAGCCUCUCUCACCUGCUGUCGAUGAGCCUGACAUCCAGUUUGCCGACAGCAGGUUUCCUGCUCCACUCUGAUGCAGUGGCAGCAAGCGUCGGUGAAGGUGUGUCAGCGCCCGGCACCGCCCCGAGUCCGGUCCAGAGCCUGGCUGUGACGGGCCUGAACAUGCUGAGUCAGAGCCGAGCGGCCGGCAACAGCAGCAGCGUCCGGUGUUGUCCCGGAGCCGUCCUCCUGCUGCCUCUACUCGACCUUCACCUGUGUCGACUCUGUCGAGCUCUGGACUCCGCGGCGGCCAGUGUGCUCCCAGCAUGCCGCACUGCUUCCACCGCCGCUGCACCGGGUCGACGCGAAGAGACGGUUAUGUCGGGUUUCAGCGUGGAGGAUACGGGUCUGGCUUCUCUGCGACUCCUCCACCUGCUGCUGGCCCACAGUGACGAGGUGGUGGAGACUGUGUUGUCGCAAGAGAGUCAGAGAGUCACAGACGACAAGACAGAGCCGUCUGCUGCAGACCUGAGUCUCUGCUCCCACAAUGCAUUGCUCCAGUCCGUGUUGCGCCUGUGUGAAGCAGGAGCUUGUGUCAGCAGCAGCAGCAGCAGCAGCUCACGGGGGGAUGAGCUUGUCCUCAACGCCAUGAAGACGCUGUGUGUCCUGAUAGAGAGGACGCCACACACACACACUGACAGGCUGCAGUGUGUGUUGCAGAGGGUGUGUGUGUGUUGGUCAGCAGACAGCAGGUUGCACACGGUCUCAGAGUGUGUGUCCGUCCUCACGUCGAUGUCCGACCACCAGUCGUUGGCUCAGCAGCUCUGCUCUCAGCACGAUGCCUGCAUUUUCCUGAAAUUAUUCCUGUACGUCAGAAACCGACCAGACAAACGGGCAACACACUCAGACUGGAUUAUGCUGGACCUGCAGGUGGUCCGUCUGUUGAGCAGACUCGUGACUCAGAGAGCAGAGAACCUGCACAGCACCUGUCAGUGUCACGCUGAGCUGGUUCAGACGGUGGUAAUCGUGUUCCAUCGUCAGUGGUUGGAUCUUCGUGCGUCUCAGGAGCCGACAAACUCAUCAGCUUCGCCGGCGGCGUCUCUGCUCAGAGAGUGUCUGCUGCUGCUGCACUGGCUGCUGCUGCAUCACGCCGGCUUCUCCGAGAGCUGCAGGCCGCUGCUGCACAUGUACGACCAGGUGAUCCCCGCCGUGAGGGACACGCUGAGGAGGGUCCCCGGGCUGAGCGAGAGUGAGGAGCUGGCAUUGGAGGAAAUCUGCCGCUCGGAGGGCGACGACACGGACGACAUGGAGACUGAGGAAAUUUCCUGACGUGCGACUCGUGGUCGUGUCUCAGAUCAGGGAGAUGCUGCUGCACUUGACGUGAUGGAAAGUCGCUGGAUUCAAAAACAAUAAAAAACACGGAGGUGAGAAGAAACUGAACUCCUGUCGGACACUGUGACUAGAAUUAAUAAUCGUUCCACAAUUAUUCAUGCGACAAAUACUUGAAUGCAAAAACACUUGUUUUCCUCCUGUUCUGCACCAAUAUGAAGAAAAUCACCAGAACUUGUAAAUAACUUCUUCUUUUUUACAAAAUAAAACAUUUAUUAAACAAAA